GCCCAGAUGCGAGCGCUGCGGCUAGGUGCUGAGGACCUGCAUUUGCCUACUCAGAUCCCACAGCCUCGCACCACUUUCUGUCGCCCAAUCCCCGUGUUUUCCGGCUUAUUGAGCAGCAGGCCCUCGCGGUGGGCGCCAUGCAUCGGGCGCGCCCCGCACUCUGGGCCACUGCGCUGACCGCACUGACCCUGCUCCGCGGACCGCCAGUGGCGCGGGCAGGCGCUGGCGCGGUAGGCGCGGGCCCCGUAGUGCGCUGUGAGCCAUGCGAUGCGCGUGCGCUGGCCCAGUGCGCGCCUCCGCCCACAGCGCCCGCUUGCGCCGAGCUGGUGCGCGAGCCAGGCUGUGGCUGCUGCAUGACGUGCGCGCUGCGCGAGGGCCAGCCGUGCGGUGUCUACACUGAGCGCUGUGGCGCCGGCCUCCGCUGCCAGCCGCCGCCCGGAGAGCCGCGCCCGCUGCAGGCGCUGCUGGACGGCCGCGGGUUCUGCGCUAAUGCCAGCGCCGCUGGUCGUCUGCGCGCCUACCUGCUGCCGGCACCAUCCUCUCCAGGAAAUGCUAGUGAAUCUGAGGAGGACCGCAGCACUGGAAGUGUGGAGAGCCAGGCAGUCCCCAGCACACACAGGGUGACCGACUCCAAGUUCCAUCCCCCCCAUAACAAAAUGGAUGUCAUCAAGAAGGGACAUGCCAAGGAUAGCCAGCGCUACAAAGUGGACUAUGAGUCACAAAGCACAGACACCCAGAAUUUCUCCUCUGAGUCCAAGCGGGAGACAGAAUAUGGUCCCUGCCGUAGAGAAAUGGAGGACACAUUGAAUCACCUGAAGUUCCUCAAUGUGCUCAGUCCCAGGGGCGUGCACAUCCCAAACUGUGACAAGAAGGGAUUUUAUAAGAAAAAGCAGUGCCGUCCUUCCAAAGGCAGAAAGCGGGGCUUCUGCUGGUGUGUGGACAAAUAUGGGCAGCCCCUCCCGGGCUAUGACACCAAGGGGAAGGACGACGUGCAUUGCCUCAGCAUGCAGAGCCAGUAGACUCCACUACACCAUUUAAUGUGGAGCUCAAAUACGCCUUAUUUUGCACAACAGACUGCCAAGGACAUGAUCAGCAGCUGGCUACAGCCUCCAUUUAUAUUUCUUUUGUGGUGAACUGAUUUAAAAAAAAAAAUAGAAAACCAAAGUUUAGACAGGUUUUUUUUUUUUUUUUUGAAAUGCCUAUGGUUCUUUUAAAUGGUAAACUUGAGCAUCUUUCCACUUUCCAGUAGUCAGCGAAAAACAGUUUGAAUUUCUCUGUUGCUGCCUAUAAAAGUACUCACACGCUCAUGCACAAGGCUGUGGACUUCUCCCCACCUGGAAUUUUCACCGUGUGUUUGCUGAGGCGGCCAACCCUCCGACUUCAAGACUGUGGUGGCUGUGUUGCUUAAUGUAGAGAACACACUUCAUCCCCACCCUCAAGAGUAGGAAAACCCCUAAACCCCAGUCACCUGGACAUCCUGGCACAUCCUCCUGAGGCUCACAGCCCUCUGUGUUGCCAUCUUUGAGUCAAAGGCCUGGUCCCUCCAUCAUGAAGAUCAUUGCUUACUCUCUGCCAGUGACCAUAUCUGCUUGGGAUCUAUUGCAGAGUAUAAAGUGGAAUCUUUAAAAAAAAAAAAAUGACCAAGAAUGCUCUGGGGAACUCUGGGAACCUAUAAA